AUGGCUUCGACCUCGAGCCCCUGGACUCACGACGUGCAUGCGCCGCCGUCAUUCCAUCUGAAAGACUUCAAGGACAUGAGCGCCCAGCUCGAGGUAGCCAAGGAUGAAGCCAUCGAGGCCAAGAAAGCGGCAGCCAUUGCGCAGGAGGAGAGUGUCCAGGCUCAGGAACGUGCUAAUCACCUGCAACCCCUUCAACAGAGGCUUUCAGAGAUUGAGGACGACCUCCAUUGCAAGUUUGCGUGCAACGCCUCCGGAAUCCUGUUACCCUUGCAUGCGGUCACACCUUCUGUCAAGGCUGCGUUGCCGCAUGGUUUAAUAAACACCUUGAACUGCAUUGCACGAUCAGCGGUCGACCAGUUUACGACCCAGUGCAAAUCCACUGGCUCCAAGGGUCUGAUGCUUUCUCUCUUCUGUUAA